CACGCUGAUCAGCCACCGGGAGCUGAAGCACAAACACCGCAGACUCCAGCCUGGAAGCCUGGAUCCCAACCUGGCACAGAGCAGCCACUACCGCUGCAGUGAAGGUAGCAGAGUGCAGAAGGUUGGAACAAUGCCAGAUUCACCUGCGGAUGUGAAAACCCAGCCCAGGUCCACCCCACCCACCAUGCCUCCACCACCCCCGGCUGUCAGCCAAGUAACCAAUCGCAGCGCUUCGUUCACCCCCACCACCAGUAAAUCAAUGCUGAACGGAAGCAGCCACUCUCCCACGUCGCUGAAUGGGGCUCCGUCCACGCCCAACGGCUUCAGCAACGGGCCGGCCAUGUCCUCCACGGCCUCGCUGUCCAACCAGCAGCUCCCCCCCGCCUGCGGCGCCCGGCAGCUCUGCAAGCUGAAGCGCUUCCUGACUACGCUGCAGCAGUUUGGCAACGACAUCUCGCCCGAGAUCGGAGAGCGAGUGCGCAGCCUGGUGUUGGGACUGGUGAAUUCCACCCUCACUAUCGAAGAGUUUCACUCCAAACUUCACGAGGCCACCAACUUUCCUCUGAGGCCAUUCGUCAUUCCCUUCCUGAAGGCAAACCUGCCCCUGCUGCAGAGGGAGUUGCUCCACUGUGCCCGGUUAGCCAAGCAGACUCCAGCCCAGUAUCUGGCCCAGCACGAGCAGCUUCUCCUGGACGCCAACGCCAGCUCGCCCCUCGACUCCUCCGAGAUCAUGCUGGAGAUGAACGAACACGGCAAGAGGAGGACCCCCGACAGGACCAAAGACAGCUCAGAGCGGGACGCCAUGCACCCGGAGCACCUGGCUAAGAGGCCCUGCACCAUCAGCCCCAGCCAGCGCUUCAGCCCCAGCACGGGCCUUCCUGCCCACCCGCCUCCCAACGGCCUCCCCUCGCACCCCCCCAACGGCCUGUCCCACCCGCCCAACCCCCAAAUGGGACCCCAGCACUACCGCCUAGAAGACAUGGCCCUGGCGCACCAGUACAGAGACGCUUACAGACACAACGAGCACCGGGACGCUCGGGACCGGCAUCGGCAGACAGCAGUGCACGGCGCUCGCCAAGAGGAGGUGAUCGACCACCGCCUGACAGACAGAGAGUGGGCAGAGGAAUGGAAGCACCUUGAUAACCUCCUGAACUGCAUCAUGGACAUGGUGGAGAAGACGCGGCGCUCCCUGACGGUGCUGCGCCGCUGCCAGGAGGCCGACCGGGAGGAGAUGAACCACUGGAUUCGGCGGUACAGCGACGUGGAGGAGAUGAAAAAAGGUGGGAGCAACGGACAGCACUGCCUUCCUCCUCCUCCUCUUCCUCCUCCUACUCCUCACCACAACUCCUCCUCCAACACAGCUAGCGGCAGCGAGCCACUGCCCAUAGGAACUCCCUCGGCUGCCGAAAGGCAGACGGGCAGACAGACAGAGAUCCACCGAGACUUCUUACACAGGCCUCCCUCAGGAUACCUGCCAGAGGAGAUCUGGAGGAAAGCCGGAACUACAAGCAUCCCGCUCUCCCCAGCACUGAAGCACCUCCAGAACAAGCAGGAGGAGGCCGUGAAUGAGGUGAAGCGACAGGCGAUGUCAGAGCUGCAGAAAGCCGUGUCGGACGCCGAGAGGAAGGCUCAUGAUAUGAUUUCAGCCGAGCGCUCUAAAAUGGAGAGGGCGCUGGCCGAGGCCAAGAGGCAAGCCUCCGAGGAUGCAAUCACAGUCAUCAACCAACAGGAGGACUCCAGUGAAAGCUGCUGGAACUGCGGGAGGAAAGCCAGUGAGACGUGCAGCGGCUGCAACACGGCUCGCUACUGCGGCUCCUUCUGCCAACACAAGGACUGGGAGAAGCACCACCACGUCUGUGGUCAGGGCCUGCAGGGGCUGCCAGGGGGCAGCAGCGUCCCCCCCGGCUCCUCGGCAUCCUCCGGUGCACCCCCCACCCACUCGGAGAGCAGCCCGCCAGGACCCCUGUCCCUGGCAGGCCAGAGCAGUAUUGCGGGAGGAGCAGGCGGCGGCAGCGUCUCUGCGAGCCCCAAGGAGAGCAGCUCCAGCAGUGCCUCUCGCUCCACCACUCCAGCCACCCCCGCCCUCCUGGAGGCCACCUCUCGCUGA